AUGGUCCUGCGGUCGGUCUGUGGUGGACUGAGCGAAGUGACGUCGGCGUUGGUGCUGCAGCAGCUGCAGAAGUUCGCGGUGCCAGUUGGCACCACCUUCAAGGCGUACCUUGAAGAGCUCAAGGUGCUAGUUGAGAGCGUUCAACUGGUUGGGUUUGCUGAGGACGGUACUUUGCAAGUAGCUGUGAAAGCUGGCGUGACAGACCAGUUUGCUACUUUGACCGCUCCGGUGUUUCAUGGUAGAAACACGCAAGCUCUGCCGUACGAUAAGUUAGACGACCUGAUGGCAGCUCUUGAAUACAUGAUUGAAAAUACGACUACAGCCACUUCGUCCACGCGCGUGCGGGGCGUGGGGUCUGCUGUGUCUCGGGGACCCGUUGUUGCGUCGGGUGGGACGCGGGGUCGAUAUGGAGGUGGUUCCUAUUCGGGCUCGAUGAAGAGACGGUCUCAAACGGUAACAAUGGUGUUGAAGUUGUACCACUCGAGCUCCCAGAGACAGGAAGUAAUUACCCCUGUCCAGACCCGAGUACACAAACCGAUACAUUGGAGUGCACAACUUCCAUCGCGGGGGUUGACCGUCCGAAUAGUGUAGUUGAUCGGAAUAGGCCCCCGACUAACUCAACGGUUCGAAGCGAAACUUCCACAAGAACGCAAGGUCCGGAUGUUUUGAGUGUAGUAGACAAAGAAAAAACGCACAAGUCGUCACUGUCUUUAGCUACAGGGGUUAUGAAUGGACCCCCUUCGUUAGAUCAGGCGAAGAGUAUACCCCCCACAGGUCAUGUUCACACUCGGGGAGGUUUUUCUAUGGGGCGAGCAAGGCAGUCGUCGAAGGUGACUGGAUUCCUGGGUCGAGGAACGCCACGUACUGCCGGCUCAGCAGGUUCCCGCACGGCAACACUAAAGGCAAGUGAAGCCAUCGUCGAUGCUGGAAUGUCCGAGAUUCCGCCACAUCGCACGGGGGAAGAUAAUUUCCAAGUUCAGCAAGGAAUGCGGUUGGGAACUGGCGGAGCCAAGUUAGAACUCGAUGUGGUUGAAGAACUACCGAAGUCUGACAUCGAUGAGCUUGUAGGAACAGUGGUGGAAGAUGUUUCAGGCCCGGCAAAAAGAAUGGCAACGCGGAUAUGAUGUCCAGAUUACCGCUGCCUGCAACAUCACAAGACUCCAGUCCUGCACUUCGAUUGACUGACCCAGAAGACGUCGAUGUGUACUUCUUGGAUGCAAGCGGUGAGUUGCCUGCAAAUGUGCAAACCGGUGAAACAUAUGUGUCAAGCUUGGGUGGGCUCGCGGAGGGUGAACCACGGGUUUUACUUUCGGAGGGAGAGAGUAGAAUGACAUGAAAGCAAUACCCGAACCCGACGAUGAUAUGAUGCCAUAUGAAGAGUGGGACAGUCAAGAAGCAAGAAACUUUGGAGAAAAUCUCUGCAAAAAGAAGGCUGCGGAUUGGGCUGAAGCUCAGGGAAAGGAUAUCACUGUUAAAACGGCGAUAACGUUUUUACAUAAGGGAACAGUGAUGUCUGAAGUUUCGAAGGAUGAUCCACCAAUAGGUGCGGAUUUUGAUUAAAGAAAGAGAAUAUUGGCACAAGGCGAACUCUUGGAGUUACCUGAUGGACAGAAAUUGUUGGUCAAGAAGUUAACCACAAUGCCCGCUGAACGUCCUAACAGGAAUCCUGGGGAGUACGAACGACUAUUGGGAGAAGAGCCUGUUCGUACCUACGUGCCGAUGCUUCUGAGACCUUGGGUGAUGGACUGCGCUCACAAGGAAGCGAUACACCUAGGUGAGAAGGUUACUCUCGGAAUCCUUAAACGAUAUUAUUGGUGAAUAGGGCAGAAUCAAAGUGUAAAGUGGUGGUGCCGAGCGUGUUACGCAUGUCAAGCGAGGAAGACUCCGAGGCAUACUAGAAGAUGGCCCCUAAUAUCUUUACCUUUGCCGAGUAGGCCCGGUGAAAUGGUGGCCUUUGAUUUCUUGGGACCUCUACCACAAACCAAGAAAGGAAGACAGUAUGUGUUUCUGGUGAUUGAUCUGUUUAGCAGUAUAUCCCUAGAUGGGGUUGUCCGCACACAUUUCUGUCUGACAGAGGGGCAGAGUUUACCGCACCUGUGAGCAGGGAGAUAUACCGGAUGCAGGGAACGGUGAAAAUGUUUACUAGCUCAUAUCACCCACAGACAAAUGGCAUGGUGGAACGUCUGAAUCAUACCCUAUGUCAUAUGUUGUCUCAUCUAAUUGCGGAUGACCAGAAGAAUUGGGAUGAAUAUUUGAGUACUACAAUUGCAGCACAAAAUAACAAC